GGUGUCCUGUGACGAGCAGUGACCCACGUGGUCCCUGAGUGUGAGUGUAAGAAACUAAUGGAGUCCAAGAAGAACGUGCACACGGUGCGGAGGCUGCAGCGCGUGCGGUGUGAUAGCACAGCGUCGGUGCCCCAGUUCACCAACUCUCCAACCAUGAUAGUGAUGGUGGGACUCCCGGCACGAGGGAAGACCUACAUCUCUAAGAAGCUCACCAGAUACCUGAACUGGAUCGGAGUUACAACUAAAGUGUUCAACGUCGGCCAGUAUCGCAGAGAUGCUACACGUCCCUACAACAGCUACGAGUUCUUCAGACCAGACAACGCAGAGGCCAUGAAGAUACGCAAAGCCUGUGCCACCGCUGCCCUGAAGGAUGUGUGCGAUUAUUUCACCAGAGAGCAGGGUCAGGUGGUGGUUUUUGAUGCCACAAACACCACGCAAGAGCGCAGGGAGGUCAUCCUCAGCUUCGCCAAAGAAAACGGUUACAAGGUUUUCUUUGUAGAGUCAAUAUGUGACGACCCAGAUAUCAUUGCUGAGAACAUUAAAGUAA